CGACAGGCGACACGCAAGCGCAACAGGUAGGUUAACGUUCACGCUCCGUCGCAUUUGCUGGUCCCGUGCGCACUCGCGGCCCUCGCGCUCAUCCACCGAUCGACGAAAUGUACGAAGACCAUCGGUGACCGUGUGAAGUGUUCAUUACACAGUGUAUAUCUAAUCGGUACAAAGUGCAUGUGCUUGUGAUAUGACGAGGAGCGGAGUCUGAACGAGCCACUCACAGCAGCGGAUUAACGAUCGCGCCGGUGACCACAUGCCGCCGUCAUCAUGGUGAUUGUUACCAGGGGCGAUUACAUAUGGAUCGAACCGGUGUCGGGGCGGGAGUUCGACGUGGCGAUCGGCGCACGCGUCCUCGCCGCCGAGGGCCGCCGCAUCAGAGUGCGCGAUGACGACGGCCAGGAGCAAUGGCUGCCGCCGGAGCGUCGCAUCAAGGCCAUGCACGCCACCUCCGUGCACGGCGUCGAGGAUAUGAUCUCCCUCGGCGAUCUCCACGAGGCCGGCAUACUCAGGAAUCUGCUCAUACGGUACAACGAGAAUCUCAUUUAUACCUACACCGGCUCAAUAUUAGUAGCAGUAAAUCCAUACCAAAUCCUGCCGAUAUACACGGCAGACCAGAUCAAGUUGUACAAGGAACGGAAGAUUGGCGAACUGCCUCCGCACAUAUUCGCUAUAGGAGACAAUGCAUAUGCGCAUAUGCGCAGAUAUGGCCAGGACCAAUGCAUCGUCAUCAGCGGGGAAUCAGGGGCGGGCAAGACUGAAUCUACCAAAUUGAUAUUGCAGUAUCUAGCUGCGAUAAGCGGGAAACAUUCUUGGAUAGAACAACAGAUUUUAGAAGCCAAUCCAAUCUUAGAAGCAUUCGGCAACGCAAAGACCGUAAGAAACGACAACUCGUCGCGUUUCGGCAAAUAUAUCGACAUUCAUUUUAGCAGCUCCGGAGUCAUUGAAGGAGCUAAAAUUGAACAAUAUCUUCUAGAAAAAUCUAGAAUAGUCUCCCAAGGAACUGAAGAAAGGAAUUACCACGUUUUUUACUGCUUACUUGCUGGACUGUCGAAGGAAGAGAAGAAGAAAUUAGAAUUAGGAGAUCCCUCGGAGUAUAGAUAUUUGUCUGCAGGAGGCAGUUUCACAUGUGAAGGUAGAGAUGACGCCGCAGAGUUUGCGGAUAUACGAUCUGCCAUGAAAGUGCUGCUCUUCACAGAACCAGAAAUAUGGGAAAUACUAAAACUAUUAGCCGCCGUACUACAUUGCGGGAACAUAAAGUAUGAAGCCACGGUCGUAGAUAACUUAGACGCAACUGAAAUAAAAGAAGAAGGGAACGUAAGAAGAGUUGCGAAUUUAUUAGGUGUUCCUUUACAAUCAUUGAUUGGUGCAUUGACGAGAAAGACUUUGUUCGCCCACGGUGAAACAGUCAUAUCAACUCUAAGUAGAGACCAGUCGGUAGAUAUUAGAGAUGCUUUUGUAAAAGGCAUUUACGGUAGACUCUUCGUGACCAUCGUAAAGAAGAUUAACGCAGCUAUCUACAAACCGAAAGCAACAAUGCGAACAGCAAUAGGAGUGCUAGACAUAUUCGGUUUCGAAAAUUUCGACCACAACAGCUUUGAGCAGUUUUGUAUUAACUUUGCGAAUGAAAAUCUUCAACAGUUUUUCGUUCGACACAUUUUUAAAUUAGAACAGGAAGAAUAUAACCACGAAGGUAUCAACUGGCAACAUAUUGAAUUCGUUGAUAAUCAAGAUGCAUUAGACCUGAUUGCGUUAAAACAGCUUAAUAUCAUGGCGUUAAUCGACGAAGAAUCUAAAUUCCCAAAGGGCACUGACCAAACUAUGCUAGCAAAACUUCACAAGACACACGGUCUUCACAGAAACUACCUCAAGCCCAAGUCUGACAUCAAUACGAGUUUCGGUCUGAACCACUUCGCUGGAAUUGUGUUUUACGAUACUCGAGGAUUUCUGGAGAAAAAUCGGGACACAUUUAGUGCUGAUUUAUUGCAGCUCAUCCAUAUUUCUACUAACAAGUUCCUACAGCACAUAUUCCAGGAUGAUAUAGCGAUGGGUUCGGAAACUAGAAAACGUACUCCAACUCUUUCCACUCAGUUCAAAAAGUCACUAGACUUACUAAUGAGGACCUUAGGGACAUGCCAGCCUUUCUUCAUACGAUGUAUUAAACCAAACGAGUUCAAGAAACCAAUGAUGUUCGACCGUGGAUUAUGCUGCAGGCAACUCCGGUACUCAGGAAUGAUGGAAACAAUCAGGAUUCGAAGAGCCGGUUACCCAAUCAGACAUAGCUUCAAAGAAUUCGUCGAGAGAUAUCGGUUCUUGAUUUCCGGUGUACCGCCAGCUCACAAGACUGACUGCCGAUCGGCCACUGCCAAGAUAUGUGCUCAAGUACUCGGUAAAUCUGAUUACCAAUUAGGUCAUACUAAAGUGUUCCUCAAAGAUGCUCAUGAUUUGUUCCUAGAGCAAGAAAGAGACCGUGUGUUGACAAGAAAAAUAUUGAUCCUCCAAAGAUCUAUUAGGGGUUGGGUGUAUCGUAGAAGAUUUUUGAAAAUGAGGGCAGCGGCUAUUCUUAUCCAACGUCACUGGCGAGGCAAGUUGCAGAGGAUUCGGUACCAGAAGAUGAAAGUAGGGUACGCAAGACUUCAGGCCUUGAUUCGAGCGAGGGUGCUCGCACAUAGAUUCCGGCAUCUGCGAGGUCACAUUGUUGCGUUACAAGCAGCAGCCCGUGGCUACUUGGUGCGCCGAUCCUACGGCCACAAGAUGUGGGCGAUCGUGAAGAUCCAAAGUCACGCGCGACGACUGAUCGCGAUGCGGCGUUACCGGCGACUGCGGCAAGAGACACUCGCGCACAAUGAGGCGCUGCGCCUGCGCCGUCAAGAGGAACAGCGUCUGCACCACCAGGGCAAUUCGCGCGCUAAGGAGAUCGCCGAACAGAACUACAGGGAGCGCAUGUAUGAACUAGAAAGGCGCGAAGCAGAAUUAGCCCUUGAAGAGAAGCGCCAGUUGGAAGCCAAGAGGACGUUGCUCCAAGAAGCGGCGAGGAAGCAAGACGAACCUGUUGACGACAGUAAACUGGUUGAGGCAAUGUUCGACUUCUUACCGGACUCUAGCAGCGAAGCACCGGCGCCCAAAGAUACCUCUGUCUUCAGUGAUCUGCCGCAGCAAAGAGCGGAUCAACAAGAGAUGGUGACGCCAAUGCAGACAACUUCGGAAGAUGAAGAAGACCUCACGGAGUAUAAAUUCCAGAAGUUUGCUGCGACUUACUUCCAAGGAAAUGUCACACAUCAAUAUUCAAGAAAACCACUCAAGCAUCCUUUAUUGCCGUUACACACUCAAGGAGACCAGUUGGCCGCGCAAGCUUUAUGGAUCACGAUACUGCGUUUCACUGGAGACUUGCCGGAGCCUCGAUAUCACACGAUGGACCGAGAUAACACUUCGGUCAUGUCCAAAGUUACUGCCACUUUGGGAAGGAAUUUCAUAAGGUCCAAGGAGUUCCAGGAGGCGCAGAUGAUGGGAGUGGACCCUGAUGCAUAUCUUAAUAAGCAAAAACCAAGGUCGAUAAGGCAUAAAUUGGUUUCGUUAACGUUGAAAAGAAAGAACAAACUUGGUGAAGAUGUUAGAAGAAAACUUCAGGACGAGGAGUAUACCGCAGACAGUUAUCAGUCAUGGCUAGAAUCACGGCCAACUUCUAACUUAGAGAAACUUCAUUUCAUUAUCGGUCACGGUAUCCUUCGCGCGGAACUCAGAGAUGAAAUAUAUUGUCAGAUCUGCAAACAGCUCACCAACAAUCCAUCGAAAUCAUCACAUGCUCGAGGUUGGAUACUGCUUUCUUUAUGCGUUGGAUGUUUUGCUCCUAGUGAAAAGUUUGUCAAUUACCUCAGAGCAUUUAUAAGGGAAGGACCACCUGGAUACGCGCCAUACUGCGAAGAUCGUUUGAAGAGAACUUUCAACAAUGGCACUAGAAACCAGCCUCCGUCCUGGCUAGAACUGCAAGCUACUAAAUCUAAAAAGCCUAUAAUGUUACCAAUUACAUUUAUGGAUGGCAACACAAAGACAUUGUUAGCAGAUUCGGCGACAACUGCGAGAGAACUAUGCAAUCAGUUGUCUGACAAAAUAGGAUUGAGAGAUCAAUUCGGAUUCUCUCUUUACAUUGCCCUGUUUGAUAAAGUUAGUUCGCUUGGCAGUGGAGGCGACCAUGUAAUGGAUGCUAUAUCACAAUGUGAGCAGUAUGCGAAAGAACAAGGUGCGCAGGAAAGGAAUGCUCCUUGGAGGCUAUUUUUCAGGAAGGAAAUCUUCGCUCCGUGGCAUGACCCUACCGAAGAUCAAGUCGCAACUAAUCUCAUUUACCAACAAGUGGUUAGGGGUGUUAAGUUCGGCGAAUACAGAUGCGACAAGGAAGAAGACUUGGCAAUGAUCGCCGCGCAACAGUAUUACAUUGAAUACGGGCAAGAUAUGAACACUGAACGUCUGUAUACGCUGUUACCUAAUUACAUACCCGAUUACUGUCUGACAGGUGUCGAAAAAGCGGUUGAUAGAUGGGGUGCGCUUGUUGUGCAAGCGUAUAAAAAGAGUUAUUACGUGAAAGAAAAAGUGCCCGCGUACAGGGUUAAAGAAGACGUUGUAAGUUACGCAAAAUUCAAAUGGCCGUUACUAUUCUCGAGAUUUUACGAAGCGUAUAGAAAUUCUGGUCCUAAUUUACCCAAGAAUGACGUCAUAAUCGCGGUUAAUUGGACUGGUGUUUAUGUAGUGGAUGAUCAGGAACAAGUGCUGUUAGAAUUGUCAUUUCCUGAGAUCACAACUGUGUCAAGUCAAAAGACAAAUAAAGUGUUUACGCAAACUUUCAGCCUCUCCACUGUUCGAGGAGAGGAAUUCACGUUCCAAAGCCCUAAUGCGGAAGACAUUCGGGACUUAGUAGUUUAUUUCCUUGAAGGUUUGAAAAAGAGAUCGAAGUUUGUGAUCGCAUUGCAAGAUUAUAAAGCGCCGGGUGAAGGGUCCAGUUUCCUAACAUUCCAAAAGGGAGAUUUGAUAAUUUUAGAGGAAGACAGCACUGGCGAGUCAGUGUUAAAUAAUGGUUGGUGUAUCGGACGUUGUGAACGGAGUAUGGAGAGAGGUGAUUUUCCAGCGGAAACAGUGUACGUAUUGCCUGCGUUAACCAAACCCCCACCAGACAUUCUAGCCCUGUUCUGUCAAGAAGGCGCACAACAUGGCCGUAGAGCGCCAACUAGUACUUUCAAUGGCACUGAAACAAGAGACAAACCUCAUACGCUACUAGAGUAUGCUCUAGAUCACUUCAGAUUACCGCCAAAACGCACCGCUUCCAAAGCGCUCACACUCUCCACAGCCAAGAGGGGUGGUGCGGAAGAAUUAUGGCGACACUCCAGAGAACCAAUAAAACAACCGUUGUUGAAGAAAUUGCAAGCUAAAGAAGAAUUGGCUGAAGAAGCUUGCUUUGCCUUCACAGCGAUACUCAAAUACAUGGGUGACUUACCAUCAAAGCGUCCUCGUAUAGGAAACGAAUACACCGAUCAUAUUUUUGAUGGGCCUUUGAAACAUGAAAUACUUCGUGAUGAAAUUUACUGCCAAAUAAUGAAACAAUUAACAGACAAUAGGAACAGAAUGUCGGAGGAAAGGGGUUGGGAGCUGAUGUGGCUCGCUGCUGGGCUUUUCGCGUGCAGUCAGGGAUUGCUGCGCGAACUCACGCUAUUCCUUAGGACUAGAAGAUAUCCAAUUGCUCAAGACUCACUCCAAAGACUGCAAAAGACUUUAAGAAACGGCCAGCGGAAGUAUCCGCCACACCAAGUGGAAGUGGAAGCGAUACAACACAAGACUACACAGAUAUUUCACAAAGUCUACUUUCCAGAUGAUACCGAUGAGGCGUUCGAAGUGGACUCAUCGACUCGAGCGAAAGACUUCUGUCAGAACAUUGCUCAGAGAUUGAAUCUCAGGUCCAGUGAAGGGUUUAGUUUGUUCGUUAAGAUAGCUGAUAAGGUAAUAUCGGUGCCGGAAGGAGAUUUCUUCUUUGACUUCGUGAGGCACUUGACUGACUGGAUUAAAAAGGCGCGGCCUACACGAGACGGCAUUAUUCCGCAAUUCACUUACCAGGUGUUCUUUAUGAAGAAGCUAUGGACGAACACAGUACCCGGCAAGGAUCGCGCGGCGGACGUGAUCUUCCACUUCCACCAGGAGCUGCCGAAGCUGCUGCGCGGGUACCACCGCUGCGGCCGCGAGGAGGCUGCACGGCUGGCGGCGCUGGCGUACCGGGCCAGGUUCGGAGACAACAAGCAAGAGUUACAGGCUAUACCCCAAAUGCUCCGCGAGCUAGUGCCGUCAGAUCUAAUAAAGCUGCAGAGUUCAGCGGACUGGAAGCGCGCCAUCGUCGCUUCAUACAACCAGGACGCCGGGAUGACCCCCGAAGACGCGAAGAUUACUUUCCUCAAGGUCAUCUAUCGGUGGCCCACCUUCGGCUCGGCCUUCUUCGAGGUCAAACAGACCACGGAGCCAAACUACCCUGAAUUACUUCUCAUUGCCAUCAACAAACAUGGUGUCAGCCUGAUCCAUCCUCAGACGAAGGACAUUCUCGUCACACAUCCGUUCACAAGAAUAUCGAACUGGUCGUCAGGUAACACAUACUUCCACAUGACUAUUGGGAACCUCGUGCGCGGCUCAAAACUCCUCUGCGAAACCUCGCUAGGAUACAAAAUGGACGAUUUACUAACUUCAUACAUAUCUCUGAUGCUUACGAACAUGAAUAAGCAACGGUCUGUGAGAGUGAAAUAAAUCUUACACUUAGUUGUAUGGUCAGUAUAAGUGGUUAUACGUGUAGGGUUUUGAUGACGCUUCUAACUUCGACGGAUCGUAGAGUCGGCAAAGGAACAAAAUUAGUUCUACCCCUAAUAGGUAGGUUUUUAUAAAUUUUGAUAAAUAUACACCAUUGUUCAUAUUUUAUCUAUCUACUUGUACGAUUUAAAUAAUUGUUAUCAUUUGUUUCGCAAGCUUUUCGCGAAAUAUUACUAAAUUGUUUUGAUAGAAUUAUAGAAAAAAAAAACGCUUGCAAUUUUGCGAAUUUGGUACAUCACACGAUAAGUAUAUUGUUCUCACAUUGCGUUUACAAUAUACGCACGUAUUGUACGAUGACGAACACUUAAACAUUUAAAUGUAUCCGUCCAUCGCAAAAAAGUAUAUUUUGUAAAAUUUAAAUGACAACAUUUUAGGUGCACCUAUUGAUUGUUGUUCGGAAUUGAAUGAAGUAUUUUUUGGGCUAUAUAUAUAACAUAUAUCUUUAUUAUAGAUCAUUAAUCAAAGGCUAUUAUAUAAGUUUGGAAGUCAAGUACGUAUUUUAAUAUUAGAUAUUAUAAAAGAUCUGUCUAAUGUAUUUAUAAAUAAGGUGUUGAGGUAGUGUGAGAAAUAAAUGUCAAUUUACUUACAUUUUCAUAGAAAGCUUUGGAUAUUUAAUAGAUUAGCGACAAAACAAGUUGUAUUUAAGGUACGUUACAUAUAUAUUUUUGUAAAACUUAUAUACCAUAGACAAUAAAUCACGCCUUUUUAAUGAAACUGCUGCGAUUUUUGGGCUUGCAACAUUAUUUGCAGAGUGCAUUCAUGUUGGAAGGUAUACGUUUUUAUUUACGGCCAAAUAGUUUCUGAUAUCUAGAAACUCUUUUCCAAUUGUGUAGUUAGGUAGUCUUUGUUUCUGCUACGUUAUAUUCAUAAACUCUAUAACAUCGGAAUUAUCUUAAAACAAAGUUCCAAUCGAAAUAAUCUUUACUUUGUAUUUGAGCGUUAUAAUAAUCUAUAAUUUUUGGUAUUAGUUACUUAAAUAAGUUUAAAUAUAAAAAUAUAAUUGUAUGCUUACGUAUAGUAAGUGACACCAAAAAUAUAGCAAAAUUAUAAAAAUGCUUUGUCUGAGGAAAGUAUUGAUUUGAUUAUCCAACACUACCUUACGUUUGUAUCGAAAUGUAAAUCUUAUUGUUCACACAUUCACUUCUGUAUUGCAAUAAUUUUCGAAAUAUUUUAUUUCUUAUAAAUGUUUAUAACCGAAGGGCUUAAUUCCAUAGCUUAACAUUAACAAUUGACAAAAUGUAGAAUUUCACUAUACAUAGUCUCUUUGAAUGGACGUUACUUUCUAGGAUUGUGCCCAAUUAUUUAAAAUGCUUGCUCGAUAAUAAAUCGUAAGUAAAUUUGUAUUUAUUUAAUGAUACGCUAAGUAACAAGUGUAAAAUGAUUGUCGCAUGUUAUGCCAUGAGUUUGGAGACAUAAUUAUGUUUGUUUUAUUAAUUUUGCUUUUAUAAAGUUAAAAAGUUGCAUUUGUGAGUGGUUGUAAACAUGAGUCACAAUGAUA